AUGGAGUUCAAGGAUUUUAUCACUGAGGCUAAUCUCACAGAUAUUGAUUUUUCUGGCGCUCGCUUUACCUGGUGUAACAAUAGGCAGGGCAGGGCAAGAAUUUGGAAGAGAUUGGAUCGGGUUUUGUUGAAUGAGGGAUGUCUGGACUUGGGUUUGGAUUUGGCGAUAUCUCAUCUAGCCAGGGAAUCAUCUGAUCAUGCUCCGCUCCUGAUGUCCGUUUCCACCAGAUUGGAUAAUAAACCGCGUCCGUUUAAGUUUCUUAAUUUUUGGACGGGGCGUGAGGAUUUCUUGCCUAUGGUUCAGGAUUCCUGGGGGCAGCCAUGUCCUGGCUCUCCUCUGCAUGUUCUUUGUUGUAAAUUGAAGCGUCUUAGGAGCGCUAUCCAAGCAUGGAAUAGGGAGGCCUUCGGGGAUAUAUUUCAGACAGUUAGGCAGCAGGAAGAGGAGGUGAGGCUUGCGGAGCUGCGAGUGGAAAGUGAUGAGUCGGUGGACGCUAGGGUGAAUCUACACCUAGCUCAAGGUCGUUUGCGGGCUGCCUUGAGAGUGGAGGAGAUGUUUUGGGAACAGAAGGCGCGGGUGAGAUGGUUGCAGGAGGGAGAUCGAUUAGGAAUGGUAGAGGGGUGGGCUGAGUCGGAGGAGGAGAUAGGUGCUGAGGCAGUGCGGUAUUUUGAGGAUUUGUUUACGGCUCAACAUGUGGCUUCUUCUUCUACUUUGCUUAAUCAUAUCCCAAAAAUUUUGACAGUUGAGGAGAAUGAUUUGUUGGAGCAGGUUCCCUCUGAGGAGGAGAUUCGUAGUACGGUAUUUGCGAUGGAUGGGGAUAGUACUCCGGGCCCGGAUGGAUAUACGGGUAAAUUUUUCACGGCUGCUUGGUCGGUUAUCGGUGAGGAUGUGGUUAGAGCAGUGGGUAGCUUCUUCUGUGGGGCUGAGCUGCCGCGUGCAAUUACAGCGACCUCCAUUGUGCUUAUUCCUAAGAUUGCGCAUCCCCAGGACUUUUCGCAUUUUCGUCCGAUUAGUUUGUGUAACUUCGUUAACAAGCUAAUUUCGCGAAUAUUGGCGGAUCGCUUGGCUCAAGUACUUCCUAAGAUCAUUUUCCCGCAGCAGAGUGGUUUUGUUCGGGAGCGGAUCAUAUCAGAUAAUUUCUUGCUUGCGCAGGAGUUGCUAUCUAGUAUGGGUAGAACCUCUAGAAAUGCUGAUGUUGCUCUUAAACUAGAUAUGUCGAAGGCUUACGAUCGUGUCUCUUGGGUGUUUUUGACUAUGGUCUUGCGUAGAUUUGGAUUUGGGGAGCAAUGGAUUGACAGGGUUUGGAGAUUGGUGUCGAAUAUCUGGUUUUCAGUUUUGGUUAAUGGAGCGAGUGUCGGGUUUUUUAAAUCUACGCGAGGGAUUAGGCAAGGCGAUCCAUUGUCCCCAGGUCUAUUUAUCAUUGGUGCGGAGGUGAUGUCUCGCUCUCUAAAUAAGCUGUUGGAGAAUCGGGAGUUUAAGUGUUUUUUAGUUCCUAAAGGAUGCCCUAAGAUCACUCAUCUUAGCUAUACUGAUGAUGUCCUGGUUUUUUCUGGUGCUUGCUCCUCUUCAUUGAGGUGUGUCAUCCAGACGAUUGGCGGGUAUGAAGCAAUAUCGGGGCAGAAGAUUAAUGUUCAGAAGUGUGGUUUCUUGACUCAUGAUAAGUUGCCUAGCUAUUGUAUGGCGAGGGUUCGGCGGGCAACGGGUUUUGGCCAUAAAUCUUUUCCUGUGCGGUACUCGGGUUGCCCGCUUUUCACAGGGCUUCGGAAGAGUGUGUAUUUCAUGGAGAUGCAUCUUGUCCCCCAAGAGAAGUCCUUGCCUUGGUUGAACGGGCCAUGGCCAAUUUUCUUUGGGAGGAGCCGGAAGGGGGAUUCCGGCAUCACUGGAUCAAAUGGAAAAUUUGUGUGCCGGCUUGGCUCAGGGGGGGAUAGGCAGAGUCCUUCCUCAUUCAUGUUUAGCAGGGUAUGGCAUUCUUUGAUACCAAUAAAGGUAUCUUUUUUCAUGGUGCGGUUGUUGCGGGAUAGAUUGCCUUUGGCGUCUGCGCUAGGACGAUUGCAUGUGUAUGGCCCUUCCAAGUGUUUUUGUUGUUCGGCCCCGCAAUCCGAAUCUUUGGACCAUAUAUUUGGGGAACGGGAUGUAGCUCAGUUUUUGUGGACAUUCUUUGGGAACGGUGCGGGCGUGACGUACCGAGGGAGUGGGGCGCGGUCACGUCUGGCUGGCUGGUGGUGUCAACCGAAAUGUAGCUCGCGUUUGGCAUCACUUCACGUACUGGUGCCUAGUAUAAUCUACUGGCAUAUUUGGUUAGCACGAAAUCUUGCGAUUUUUGAAGGGAAGUGCCUGCGUAGGGAGGCCAUGUGUGAGCGCAUCCUCGCGGAUAUUGUGGGGCUUUUUUGCGAGAAGUAUGCAGGGGAGGCUGUGGGUCAUGGGUCUUGGAUGGCAUUUUAUUCCAAUAUCUGUCGAUGGAGGCCUCGUUAUUGUCAUAGUCUGGUUCAAUGGGUGCUUCCAACCCAGGGGACUUUCAAGUUAAAUACGGAUGGAUGUUCGUUGGGCAACCCGGGCGUUAGUGGUGGGGGUGGUGUGCUCCGGGAUUCAUCUGGUGUAGUGGUGUUUGGGUUUUCGACUCCGCUUGGGGAGCUGACAUGCAUUCAGGCGGAGAUUAGGUCCUUGUUGGUUGGAGUGCAACAAUGUCUCCUUAGGGGAUUCUUGCGGAUUCAGGGGGAGGUGGAUUCUCUUGUGUUAGUCAACAUACUGCUCAAGAAAUCAAGGUGUCCGUGGAUAAUUCUGCCAGAGGUAGCUGCCUUAGAGACGACUCAGGGUGUGGAAUGGUCUGUUGGGCAUUGUUAUCGUGAGGCGAAUCGGGUGGCGGAUGCAUUGGCCAAGGUAGGGGCACGGUCAGAGGAUUUUGUCUUGUAUUCUUCACAAAAAGACUUACCCAGAUUGGCAAGGGGGGCCUUGGGCUUAGAUAGGUCUCAGACUCCCGCUAUUCGUGUUAGAGUUGCUCACGUGUGA